CCCUAAACAACAUUCGAUAACCGUUGCUUUCAGUUAACGGUUUAACCGAUAACUGCAUUUAUCGGUACGGUUAUCCGUUAAACCGAUAACCGGCAAACCAAAUCCCAGCCCUAGAUGCAGCCACUCAUACAAUUGUUGGUGGAAUACAAGGAGCUCUUUGCUCCGGAGCACAAAAGACAUGCAUGGAGUUCAAAGGGAAAUCGUGGAGCACAAACUCGCGGUACGUAGAAGCGCAGAACCCAUACAGGAGGGUCGAGACACUUUUACCAGGGAGAAGCGGGGAAUUUCCUCGACUACAUGAUCACUACUCGAGGAAUCGAAGUCAAUCCUAAGCAGAUGGACGCCAUCUGCCAGCUAAAGUCUCCUCACAAUGCACAAGAAGUUCAAUCGUUGGCAGGAAAGAUGGCCGCACUAGGAAGGUUUAUCCCUAGAUCCGUUGAUAGGUGUGUGCCUUUCUUUCAUAUUCUCAAUGCAGGAACAAAGUUCAAAUGGGACGACGCUUGUGAAAAGGCUUUUGUAGAGCUCAAAAUGUAUCUUGUAUCCACGCCUGUGUUGGUAGCCCCAGAGGCGAAUGAAAUGUUAUAUGUUUAUCUAGCGGUGUCAGCUCGUGCAGUAAGUGAAAUACUUAUCUCCAGGGCGAAAGGAAGUGAUGAAAGGGUGGUGUAGUAUACGUCGCACACACUAACAAGUCCAGAGGCGCGGUACUCCCCGAUUGAGAAGGCAGCCCUCACAUUAGUAUCAACGUCUCAGAAAUUGCGCACAUAUUUCCAAACACACCCAAUCACUGUCCUCACCAUUCUACCCAUCAGAAAAAUCCUAAGUUCAAUGGAAGUAUUGGGCGUCUAGUAAAAUGUGCGGUGGAACUAUCCGAGUAUGACAUCGAAUAUGUGCCACGCCCAGCAAUAAAAGGACAAGUCUUGGCAAAUUUCAUACCAGAGGGUGUUGUCCUCAUAACCGUGCCGGAAGGAACAUGGAAAGUCCAAGUAGACGACGCCACCAACAAACACGGCGCGGGAGCAGGAGUGAUGAUUUGCACUCCCCUAGAACGGUACAUGAAAUAGUUGUACGGUUCUGUGCACUAAAAAUGAAAAUGGGGACAAGUACAAAAUCGUUCUAGCCGGGCUACACGCAGCUGAUGAUCUCGCGGCAAAAGUAAUAAGGUUGGCAUCUUUGA